AUGGCGACUGCGAAACAAGCCGUCACGGAAUCUCUCCUAGGGACAACGAGAGAGCCCGAACUUUCACAACAGACCAAAGCUACAUUCGACCGCAACGCGAGGCAGGAUGAGGUUACAGAUGAUUACUAUAUGACCGAGGAGGAUUUUGUGAAUGCAAUUGCACCCGCCAGUGAGAACUAUCACAAAAUAAAAAGGGAGCAAUACGCUAUCUUGUUCCAGAUCGCGGAUCGAAAGAGGAUUGGACGAAUAACUUUGCAAGACUGGGGGAGCUUCGAAAAUCUACUUGCCAAACCGGACGCUGAGUACGAGAUUGCCUUUCGUCUCUUCGACGAAAGUGGCACAGGCACAAUCAAGUACGACGAUUUCCAGAGACUCUACAAUAUUAACAAGGGAUCCGACACGAUUCCAUUUGAUUGGGGCAGUGAGUGGGCAUCCCUAUACGUGGGAUCAAAAAAGCACCGUCACGAUAUCACAUAUCCACAAUUCUCCCAAAUGCUGCGGGGCCUACAGGGCGAGAGGAUACGGCAGGCAUUCCAUAUCUUUGACAAAGACCACGAUGGAUACAUAGAGCCCGAAGAUUUCCAACGCAUCAUUCUGGAGACUGCACGGCACAAAUUGUCAGACCAUUUACUCGAAAACCUACCUACUCUAUGCAAUAUCUCGACAGGCAGCAAAAUCUCGUACGCGAACGUGCGAGCGUUCCAGAACGUCAUAAGGGAAAUGGACUUGGUCGACCUCAUUAUUCGGAACGCCACCAAGAAGAGCCAGGAUGGUACAAUCACACGGACAGAUUUUCUCAAUGAAGCGGCACGGAUGACAAGAUUUUCUCUAAUUACACCCAUGGAGGCUGAUAUUCUCUUCCAUUUCGCCGGCCUUGACGCACCCUCGGGUCGACUGUCGCUCCAAGACUUUGCCAAAGUCCUCGACUCUUCAUGGCAGAGCGCAUAUGCGCUGGGAAUCGGGGCAGCAGGUGCUGCCUCAGAGACAGCCGAGAAAGCCAUCUCGACGACACGAAGUUACUUACAUAUUGUACUGGAAUCCGCGCACCAUUUCGCUCUUGGAAGUAUAGCAGGUGCUUUUGGCGCCUUCAUGGUCUACCCAAUCGACUUAGUGAAGACGAGAAUGCAGAAUCAACGAAGUCAACGCGUUGGGGAGAUGUUGUAUAAGAAUUCCAUCGAUUGCGCAAGGAAAGUCAUCAAAAAUGAAGGCGCGAAAGGCCUGUACUCAGGGGUUCUCCCACAGCUGGUCGGUGUGGCGCCUGAAAAGGCUAUCAAGCUCACAGUCAACGAUUUGAUCAGAGGCCACUACAGUAAUCCGGAAUCGGGAGCCAUCUGGUGGCCACACGAAAUCGUUGCUGGCGCUUCAGCAGGUGCCUGUCAAGUGGUCUUCACGAACCCUCUGGAAAUCGUCAAAAUAAGAUUGCAAGUACAAGGAGAAGUUGCCAAAACAGUCGAGGGCGUUCCUCGAAGAUCUGCAAUGUGGAUCGUGAAGAACUUAGGUCUGGUCGGCCUGUACAAAGGUGCAAGUGCUUGUUUGCUGCGAGACGUGCCGUUCUCCGGCAUAUAUUUCCCAACUUACAAUCACCUCAAACGCGACUUUUUUGGCGAAGGGCCAAAUAAGAAGUUAGGUAUAAUCCAACUCCUCACCGCAGGCGCGAUUGCUGGUAUGCCCGCAGCAUACCUCACCACGCCUUGCGAUGUCAUUAAGACUCGUCUUCAAGUCGAAGCCCGGAAAGGUGACACUAAGUACACCUCUCUCCGGCACUGUGCGAGUACUGUAUACAAAGAGGAAGGCUUCAGAGCUUUCUUCAAAGGCGGACCAGCUCGAGUGUUGAGAUCGUCGCCCCAAUUCGGUUUCACGCUUGCAGGUUACGAGGUCCUACAGAAGCUGCUGCCCAUGCCAGGAAGCCAGAGCGAAGGACUUUCAGUUGGGGCCCACGCUGAGCCUGCUGUCGGAUUACAAGAAGCGAAGGCACCGUUGCCGUAUUUGAGAAGUCGAAAUGCACUAAAAGUCAUCCUAGAUUUGGACGAGAAUUUUGGAAGGCCCAAGAUCCCCGCUGGCAAGGGUUGGGUGCCGCUGUCGGGGGUUGGUGCGAAUUGA